AUGUAUCGUUGUUUUUUACCUGAACAAAGUUUGUACAAGAAAUACGGGUACACUUUGACAAGUCCUACUUAUCCAUUUGUAACAGUGGUUUCUAACUAUCAGAUGAAUUGUACUUGGGAGUUCACAGAUUGGUUGCAAGUUCAAAAGAAUCGAACGAAUCGUCGACCGAGAGCCUACCUUCCGGACGGAGGUCAGCGAGAUUUUCUAACAAAUAAAUAUAGUGGAGUAUCUUAUAAAUAUUCGGAUGACCGAGCUAAACUGAACAUCACUUAUAAAAGCUGGGAAAACAUUGCUGACAUUGUGACAUGGCAUGCGAGAGAUGUACUUCGACUGGUUGAUGACAUGUCUGGAAUAUCAAUGCACUAUGCGAUGAAGAAUUAUUAUCUGACUGGAAAACGAGGGCUUGUUUUGGCCAGUGAUCAUCCGAUCGUCGAAGUUCAAGCGAUUCAGAAUGGUGCCUCUCAUAUCCUAUCUGUUGGACAGGUGGCUCGCGAGACAGAGGAUGUUUCGUCAAUGUCUUUUUUAGAGUUUGCAGAGAAGCGUCGGAGAUACAGCGAGGCUUUUGAUUUUGUGGCAACAUGGGGCACAAUUGAAAGUGUUGGAUUAGGACGCUAUGGUGAUGUGUUGGAUGCAUUCGGAGACCUUCAAAUGAUGGCCAUGUUGGGAUGUUCGUUGAAGAAGGGAGGACUGUUCUUUUUGGGGAUUCCUAUGGGUAGAGACGCUGUGAUAUUCAAUCAGAAGAGGAUCUACGGACAUGCGAGGUUACCUAUGUUGAUUGCUGGUACGGAUGGACAAACAGUUGGAUAUGAAAUCAUUGGAGACGAGAUAAAGUACAAUGUCGUUGAAAAACCCAAAAUUGCAAUAGUCAGUGUUCUGCGAUCAUUGGAGCAAUCGAAAUACUACGAUAUAGCAAUCAGCACCGUAAAAUGCUAUGCAAAAAUCCAAGGAUAUCACUAUAUUCUAGCAGUAGAGAAGGAUUUUGAGUGUUACCAAAAAGAUCAAUUUUUCCGCCGUCACUGUAUAAUUGCAAAGAUCCUGCCAAAUUUCGACGCCGUGUUAUUUUUAGAUGCAGAUAUCGGUGUUGUUUAUCCAAAGAGAAGGAUCGAAGAAUACAUGUAUCAGGACUUUGAUGUCAUUUUUUACGAUCGAUUUUAUAAUUGGGAGAUUAUGGCUGGAUCUUAUCUAGUCAUAAACACUCCAUAUGCAAUUAAGUUUUUGAUGGAUUUCGCAAAUUACGAAUCCACACUUCCUGACAGUUUUCAUGGAACUGACAAUGGCGCACUUCAUUUCUUCAUAGCCGAAAGAUUCUUCCCAGAAGAAAUGUAUACCAUCGAUUUGUGCCGUCAACCAUACAAAUAUUCCCGAGAUUUUGACGACGUCUUCACCUAUGAGGCGUGCCUACGUGCCAUUCUGGGAGCCAGAACUGAAUUCGAUCGUAUCAAAAUUUUGAAAAAAGGAACCGGAUGGGCGAGAGAUAGUUGGAUAACCGAUGGAGUGUGGAGCAAAGAAAUUGGAGAUUUUAUGCUUCAUUCAUGGAAGACAAGUCAGAUACAAACAAUCCCAAAUCAAAAAAUAAAACCAGUCAAGACUUCAAUGUAUGAAUGGUUCAACCCACUUGUCGGUGCUAUCCAUCUGGACAAGUGUCAUUCGAAAAAUAUGUCGUGGAACUAUGAUGAACGAUUAUUAGGAGAUUCCGAGGAGAUGAUGACAAGCUUGACAGAGCUGCGAAAUAAAGUUACAAAGCAACAGUUCCGUUUCUUCUAUCGGAUGAAAUCAUUCGUUUAA